GCUUACUAAGUGGAAUGGGGCGGAUUGAUAAUUCACUCUUACUAUACUGUAUGCCAUCAUUAAUUUGCCGACUAGCGGUUCUCCUCUAGUGUUAUUUGUGUUAAGACUUCAGAGAGAAUAGGAAGCUGACAACCGUCUUCAGUGGUUAGUGGUGGGUGCUCAAACUCUGCAUAUUAGUAAUUGCACCGUUUGAAAUUCUUUGACAUGCAGCUGCAGGGGAAUGCUGCUGUCAGUCAGCUGAAGUUCACUACCUGACUACCAUUAUUGCAACAAUUUCUACCGUCUUGAAAACAAGCUUUUCCAUUUCUUUCUGCUUCAUACGUCAUGAGUCAUGGUGCCCCUCAGUACCACAAGGACAAGGUGGUUCGUGAUCUGUCUUCUGAAACUAAUAAUACUUUGGAGAACGGACCUGUUAUGCACAACAUGAUUGCUACAAAAGCUGACGUAGGGCAUUCCACUUCAAGGUGUGGCGGCUCUGAACAAUGUAAAGAUAAUACACAAACUGGUGUUCAUGUAAAAGAUAAAAAAGCUGUUGGAGAACUUGUAUGUUUGCAGUGCUUGCAUGGUAGUGAACUCAUUUGCUGCUUUGGAAAAGGAUGUCAAAGGAGGUACCAUCCCUCUUGUUUGAAUCCUCCUCUCAAUUACUACCCUGUGGGCUUUUGGAAUUGUGCAUGGUGUGUUAAGAAAAAGCUAGAUCUUGGUGCGUACUCCAUUUCUGAAGGGGUGGAGUCCAUCUUGGAUUCUAGAGAAGGCAUUUCGAAAAACAAUGUGACGGAAAAGGAGUACUUUGUCAAGUAUCUGGGCCUUGCUCAUGCUCACAACCGCUGGAUUCCAGAAACACAAAUGCUUGAAGAGGGGCCAAAAGUUUUGUCAGCAUUUAAGAGGAAGCGCCGGGUUAUCAAGUGGAAAAAAGAAUGGAGUAUACCCCACCGCUUGUUGCUAAAAAGAGCAAUUGUGUUACCAAAGCAAAAUAAAGAACAUUUAGAUGGGCAUGAUAACAAUUAUUCAGUUGGCUGUUUUGAAUGGCUUGUAAAGUGGUCUGGUCUUGGAUAUGAUCAUGUUACAUGGGAACUAGAUAGUGCUUCCUUUUUGACGUCGUCUGAAGGCAUGAAACUCAAAAAUGAUUAUGAAAGUCGUCGUCUUCAAAAGGGGAUGGAUGGAGACAUUAAUGAGGAGAGAAAAGCUUCCUUUGCUGAAUUACCUGUACCGCCUUCAGGUAAUUCAGUGGCAGUUUCUAGUCAGCAUUUGAGUUAUGUGAACAAGCUUUGCAUGUGUUGGCACAAAGGUCAGAGUGCUGUCAUUGUAGAUGAUAAGAUUGACCAGGAGCGGGUUAUGAAGGUGAUGUCAUUUAUAUUGUCAUUGCAUUGUAAGGUGACAAGGCCUUUCCUCAUUGUCUCAACUUCUGCUGCUCUUGCUGUGUGGGAAAGAGAGUUCUUACAUUUGGCUCCAUCUGCAAAUCUUGUCAUUUACAAGGGAAACAAAGAUGUACGGAGAAGCAUAAGGACCUUGGAGUUUUAUAACGAUGACAAUGGCAUCUUAUUUCAAAUAUUAUUAUCAUCGUCUGAUAUUAUCGUUGAGGACUUAAAGGAACUACAAUGCAUUUUGUGGGAAGCAAUAAUAGUUGAUGAAUGCCAGCGACCUAGAAUUUUGGAACACCUUGACAAUAUCAAGAUUUUGACAACAAAGUUGAGGCUCCUGGUUGUUAGCGGACAGAUCAAGGAUGAUCGAGCUGAUUAUGUCAAAAUGCUUUCCUUCCUCAACUCUGAAAAUCAUGUGUUAAAUACUACUGAAACAGAGCCAUUAGUCUCUGAUAGCAUUUCCGAUUUGAAAAGCAAAUUGGAUCAAUAUGUGGCAUUUAGAACAAAAACAGGGUCCACUAGGUUUGCAGAGUUUUGGGUUCCUUCCAAGCUUUCCAGUUUGCAACUUGAGCAGUAUUGUUCAUUGCUGCUUUCUGACAGAACUCUGCUAUGCUCAGCCCAAAAGUCUGACAAGGUCAAUGCUCUCCGCGGCCUCCUUAACUCAACAAGGAAGUGCUUGUUCAACCAUCCCUUUCUCUUGGACUCGUCACUAUAUAAUUCCGUCAAUAAAGGUCUGUCUGUUGAAGAGCAGUUGAAUAUUGGGAUAAAAGCAAGUGGCAAAUUGCAGCUUCUUGAAAAAAUCCUUUUGAAAGCAAGAAGCCGUGGUUUAAGAGUGAUGAUAUUAUUUCAGUCAACUAGUGAUUUGACAUCGAUUGGAGAUAUUUUGGAUGAUGUACUUUGUCGGAGAUUUGGCGAACAUUGUUAUGUACGAUAUGCUGCUGGGUAUGCGCCCAAAGCGAAGCAAAGUGCUCUAGACAAAUUUAAUGAUGGCGAAAGAGCAUUUGUCUUCUUGUUGGAAAGUCGUGCUUGCCUCCCUAGUGUUAAGCUUUCCUCUGUUGAUGCCAUUAUAUUGUUUGACAGUGACUGGGACCCAGAAAAUGAUUUAAGAGUCUUACAACGUAUGCCUAUAAGCUCACAGUUCGAACAGUUAACGGUGUUUAGACUAUACUCAUCUUUUACUGUUGAAGAAAAGGUUCUAAUGCUUGCAAAAGAGGGUAGUAGUAUCCAGUUGGUUAACAAUAGUACCUCUCAUGCCCUGCUCAGAUGGGGUGCCACCUAUCUUUUCAGUAAGCUUGAUGACUUACAUGGCAGCAACACUCCAGUCUUUGCUCAAGACAUUGCCUCUGAUCAGUCACUUCUACAUGAUGUAAUCUGUGAGUUAUCAACCGUAUUUUCUGGUGGAAGCAGUGACAUUGAUAAUCAUGGAUUGUCCUUCAUAGCGAGAGUAUGGCAGAAAGGAGGGGAAUAUGCAAAGAACAUUUUAUUGCAUGGCGAAAGAGUGAUGAAGGAAUUGGAUGAUGGUUUUGAUUUUUUUUCUUGGAGUAAUCUCCUUCAGGGAAGGAGUCCUAGAUGGAAAUUGUUGUCUGUUUCAUCUCAAAGGAUCAGAAAACCUGCCAAUCACUUUGAUCACAAAGCAAAGGAAUCUGAAAGUGAAAAUAAUGCUGAUAAUAGAAAGAAGAGGAAAGUGUCUGAGGGUAACGUUGAUUCCAAAAGGAAGGAAGUGUCCAAGGAUACUACAGUCACAAGGAAGGGGAAAGUGCCAGAUCAUGCCAAUUCCAAAUAUUUGAAAAAAAGUUUGAAGAACAAGAAGCUAAACACUAGUAAUGUAGAUGAGUUCUUGCCAAAGCCAGAUUUAGCAGGUCUUUGUGAUGUUCUACAACUUCCGAAAAAUGUCAAGGCUCUUGGUGCAAGGCUUCUUGAGCACAUAUUGGAAUAUUUCAACGUUAAUUGGCGAGACGUUUCUACCAUGCAGGCAUUUGAAUUAUCUGUGUGUUGGCUUGCGGCUUCGUUAUUGAAGCACAAUUUUGAUAAGCAAGGUUCACUUGCACUUGCGAAAGUGCACUUGAACUUCAAUUGCGAGGAAGAGGAAGUAACCUAUGUUUACUCUAAACUGCUGAAAUUUAAGAAGGAAUUUUCAAGUUGUUUACAAAGUGGAAUUUGUGUUGAGAAAUGUACAUCAGACUGCGAAACACCUGGGUUGACAGAUUUGGUGGAGGAUAUGCAAAAUGGUUUUCAGGGUCCUCUAGAAUCCGACACAUAUAGACAUGAUCUUCAAAGGGAAUCUCCCACAACUGUGCUAGCUACUCAUUAUCAGACUUGUGCAGAAAAUUUUCAAAUCAGACUUACAGAUAUUGGAAGUUGUCCUCAAAAGUCAUCUGGCACUUUCCCUGCCAAAGCAGAUGCUAUCCCCGUGACAUCCAAAGCUUCUUUCUUGGAGCAUCAGAGUGAGGUCUUCGAUUCAAGUGAUGAUCCUUGUAAUGUCAACCCUGCCACUGGUUCUUUGGAAAAUCAAAUUAAUGGCGAUGAUUUUGAAGUUUCUCUAAUAAAUAAUAAUGAAGUGGUUGAGACAAUCACUUGCAGUACUGCUGAUGUUCCUGAGGUCAACCAGCAUUGCAGUGUAGUGAGUGCUGUCCAUGGUGAGUCUAUUAUGGAUUUUCCUGAGACUACUUUCCCAUAUAUGGAACCAUCAAAUACAGAUCUACUGCCACUGCCUCAGGAGGAUGUUACAUCUUUUUUGGAGAAUAUUUCAAUUGGUGAAGUCUUGCCUUUUGAUGAAAUAUUUUUUGAAAAUUAUAACCUUCAUGAGGAUGAACCAACAUUACAAGUACCAGAUGACCCACCUGAAUCAGUCCCAGACCCAUUGCAAAUUGAAAUGGAGAGAAUAAAAAAGGCGACUGAAGAAGCUAACAGGAUACGCCAGCAAAAAUUACACCAGCUUGAGUCAGACCAUGGUAUGGAGGUUAAAGAAUUGGUUGCAAAGUAUCAAAUGUUGCUUCAGAAUAUCAGUACUGAAGUAGCAUUGCAAAAAAAGGAACUUGACGCAUAUUAUAAAACAGUUCAAAAGAAUAAGUUGUUGGCUUCUGUUUUGGAUCACAAUCACAAGGAAUAUAAAAGAGAAGCAGUUCUAUUCGCAGAACAAGGCUUACCCUCUGCAAUGGGAACACCUAGCUCCUCAAGUACUCAACAAAGAGAGCACCAACCCCCUCUUAUGUCUGAUCAAAGACUCGAACAGUGUCUACCGAUGAUUCCCCCACACUUGUUUACUCCAACGGAAGCGGUUAAUACUCUGGAGAUUGCUAACACUUCAACAGCCGUUCCAGAAAUGAGCGCACCUAGAGAAUGUAUUGAUCCCAUGAUUCAGUCCUAUGUAAACUUGAAUUACGGCUGUUAUUCAAUGGCCUCAAACCCCCAUCUUGAAGCCUCUAAUUCAGUGCCUAUGAUGCCAAGUCUAAGUAGUGGAAUACCAGAACAGCAAUUGCCACUACAUUUACAUCAAUGGCAAUAUCAGUAAUUCAUAGAAAUACACAGUUAAAUGCUGCGGCCGCAUGUACAGAGCAAGUUCCUUCCUUUGUAAAUUUGGCAUCAAAUUAUUGCCUGCUUCACCUGAUGGUUUCUACUUUGUUGUUUCUACCAAAAACUGAGUUAGCCUAGUCAUCUGGUGAAUUUGUUAAUAGUUGUUAUCCUUCAAGAUAAGGAGGACUUAAGUAUGAAUUAGGAUUGUUUGGGUAGGACGGGACAAGAGGUAAAAGUUGGUUUGAAUUCGGAUCGUUAUCCUUCAAAGAUAACUGAGACUACAUUUUGCAUAGUAGGUAAAAGUUAUUAACCAAUAGAAGCUUUGGAAAAAAACAUUUCAGACUCCUUAGAUGGAGUCUUGUUACAUCGUUAGAUAGUUCACUUAUUGGAGGAUAAAUAGGAGUUGAUUGCACCAGUUUACAAAAGCUUUAAGUUCUCUUCUUAAUAUUAGGCAUGUUAAUAUAGAAAAGAUAAGAAAUAGGUGUUUCUUGGAAGAUAUAUUAAUUAGUUGAGAUAUCGCAGCCUAGAGAGAAAGUGUGUGUGAUUUAAAAUAGUGGGUCUUACGUUUGAGGAGGGGUAUUGGUCUUGCAUAUGAUUGCGGCGUUUGAGGGUUUUAGCUCGUAAUAGUUGUCUAAAAUUUUAAGGUUGACAGGCUGCUUCAUUUCGUCUUGUACAGAGUCUUGUAUCUUAUGAGAGGCUUAUAUUUGGUUUG